CUAGCGAUGCCCUCAGGAGCCUUGACCCCAGCUGGAUGAGAUCAUUCCAGAGUGGGACCCAGCCUUGCCACCCACCAAGGUUUCCACAGCACACACCCCCCACCUCUCAUGUCUGGCUCCCCCAACAGACUCUAGAAUGUCUGUGCCCCAGAUCCAAGUAGAAGAAGUGGUAGGUGGGGAAGAAGAGCCCGGAGCCACCCCGCCUCCUGACGACCACCUCAGGAGCCUGAAGGCCCUCACAGAGAAACUGAGGCUGGAGACCCGAAGACCCUCCUACUUGGAAUGGCAGGCCAGGCUGGAGGAGCAGACGUGGCCUUUCCCGAGGUCAGCUGCUGAGCAGGGGGAGUGUGGGGAGGAGGAGCCCUCAUCCCCCAGGAGAGAGCCCAGGCAGCAAGCCCCACCUAACGGGGGUGCCAGCCGGGCCACUGGGCCCCAGCCCACUGGCAAGCUGGAAGGCUUUGAAAGUAUCGACGAAGCGAUAGCCUGGCUCAGGAAAGAACUGAUGGAGAUGCGGCUGCAGGACCAGCAGCUGGCCAGACAGCUCAUGCGCCUGCGCAGUGACAUCAACAAGCUGAAGAUCGAGCAAACCUGUGACCUGCACAGGAGGAUGCUCAACGACGCCACCUAUGAGCUGGAGGAACGGGAUGAGCUGUCUGAUCUCUUCUGUGACUCCCCCCUUGCCUCCUCCUUCAGUCUCUCCACACCACUCAAGCUCAUUGGAGUCACCAAGAUGAACAUCAAUUCCCGGAGGUUCUCUCUGUGCUGAGAAGCCCUUGAAGGCGGCAAAGGAGCCAGAAGACAGUGUUCAGGAGGUGGGGAGGGGACACGGGAAGGAAAUUGAGGCUGAGUCACCCUGAGUGGGUCUCCCCAGGGGCAGGGCUUUCUGUGUCUGGUGAACCAUAGACCCCCAGACUCCUGGCAGGUCCUCUCUCAGGGGCCCCAGCUGUGGAACCCAACAACCCCUUGACUGUCCGUAGGCCCAAGUGUUCUGCAGAAGACAGUGUUCAUCUCCAUCCAGAUGUUCAGUGAGACCUGGCUCCCAGCAUAACAUGUCUCCAUCCUCCCCUCACCGACCCACAUUCUUGUUUCCCAGAAUUACUGGUGCUAUGAUCUGGGAUCCCAAAGGGAGGGCCCCAAAAACUGUGAUUCUAGCCAAAAGCUUUGCCAAGAGCACUGAGCAUCCAAGGAGGAGAUGAACAGGUAUGUCAGAUGAGCUCAUCUCCUGUUGCUGUCUUCUAAGUACUGGCUCAAAUUCACCCUAACUAGGUGACUCAGCAGCCCUGACAGGGACCCACCAGGAAGGGGAUACCAGAAGGAAUGAUAAAGUGAAGCUUGGGAACCCAGGCCCCACAGCUGCAGCCAGUGCCUCUGGUGAGUGGCUGGUCCAGGCUGCUGUCAGUCUUAGACCUUGGCACUACCAGUGCCGUGUAAAUUGUUUCCAGCGUGUGCCAGGACACACCAGUGCAGCUUGGGUGGAGCAAGCACAGAUGCCCCCUGUUGCCUGCCCUGGCCACAUACACCAAUGCCAGUCUCCAAAGAGCCCUACUGCCUCUACCCUGCACCUCCGGGGUAGUAGCUAAGUGAACUAGGCAAAUCUGUCAGCAGAUUUCCCGUAACCGAAUUCUCCUGGUGGUGUCACCUUUAUGCCCUUCUUGCCCUUCCCAGAAAGACUGGAAGCAGUUCAGAAGCUUGCCCUGAGCCCCCUCUGAGAUUCUGUGCCUAAUUUAAAUAACUAAUUUUAAUUGAAUCAGA